AACAUGACUGUUGCUGGGCAAACAUUUCUCUUCGCGAGAAGGUCAGGUUCAGUCAGUAGAAGAGAAUUUCGUACUGGCUGCAAUUUCUCGACGACUGUGUGCAUACGCAUAAAAAAAUGUAAUUGGUAACAAUUUAAAAUUUCGUCUACUCGCUGACUUGAGAGAGCCACCUCGCUCCGUACAACUUAGUGACAGGCUGCGGGUCGCUGUCCAGAGAGGUAGUGCUGAACCACACCGAGCCUGACCCAAAAGCAAAGAUACUGCAGGUGUUCAGAAUUGGAAACGUAAACAGGAGAGGGUGAGAAUCCUCGGCAAUUCAGGCAGGAUGUGUGGAGAAAAUGAGUUGUGUUAACGGUUUCGAUUUCAGUCAGAAACAAUUCUGAAGUGCUCAUUCUGAGAUUAGCACUGAGACGAACAGGAGACGGAGACGCGGCGCAUCUCCAUUUUUCUCAUCACUAACCACACCUUGCAGUGAACACCUUCUUCGUAGAGUCAUGUACUCUUCAGAAAAAGACCCUUCGGCCCCUCGUGCCCGCGGCGGUCAGAAACAACCACAUGACUAUUCUAAUAUAUUCUAAUCUUCAAUAUGCUUUAAAUACAUGUUGUGUUCCAGCACUUGGCAACAGGUACAUUAUCCUUGUGAAUUGUAUUCCUUUCUCAAUUUUACCGACUCCUAUUUCCCCGUAAUACAUUUAGCGACCCUUCCGAGAGGGUUACCCCUUACAGUAAUUGACUUUUGUGAGACCCUGAAUUUCCACUGGAUCGCUUUGCUUAUCUAUGAAUGACCAACUUGCGCCUAUUAAAUUCUAUCAAAUAAAACCCUUGUUAGACAUUGCAGCUCCACUUAAACCUGGAUCCUUUACAUCACAUGACGACUGAGGAGGGUGGUAUAGGAACGGGACCAUUCUCUUUUUAGUUGAAGAGACGCUUGAACAGGAGAAAAGUCCAUUGAAAUAACUAUUGAGAGUAUGGUCGACUAAAUAAGGAAUAUAUUCAGCCCCACCCUUUUCUCGCCACUUCCUUGGCGUCUGAGUAAACUUUAUUUCGAAGGGCCAAAAUUCCUCUGGGAUCUGCGGAGGAGGGAACUGCAGAUAAACCGCGCCGAGUAAUUAGCACGGCGUUUUAAGGCGGAAGCUUUGCAAAUCCCCAGUGAUCACAUCUGCUAAGUGAUAGCUCGCAGCCGAGCGGUGGAAGCCAUUUAUCUCCAAUGUACGUGAGCAGCUCACACCCGGCGCUGAUGGACAGCGGCCACUGAGUAGGAUUCAGACAUGGGCCGGGUUGGACCUCCCUUGCAGCAUUGAUCGUAUCAACACAAUCACUGCCUCCGGCGGCCCGGGGAGACGUUGGGUUGGUGGGGUGGGGACCAGGUUUGAAAGAAGCACACACACACACAGAGACACACACAGACACACACAUUCCCAGCUUGGCAGGGGUGCGGUUAGAAGCGCUCAGCUUGCCGAGAAGAGACGGGAGCUGAAUUCAUGCCGCUGUCCACGGUGCUGAAGCUUUGGCGCUGGGUGUACAGUCGAGAAUGAGAAGGAGCUCCUCUUCCUACGUCCUGUGGAGCGGCCGUUGAGCCCCAUUCAGAAGGAUGUUGAUGGGAAAUGACUGGAGACAGAGAGGACGAGCUUUGUCAGAAAGCGCUCAAUAUAGUGACCGAACUCUGCUUUAAAGGGCUGGUGGAACACGAAAGCUGUCUGGAUUUUUCUUACUAUCUCCGGGAUCGAGGCCGACCACGCCACUCAGACUCAGAUAUUUCUAUUAGUCUAUUGUCACUGGUGGUGACUGCCUGUGGCCUGGCCCUUUUUGGAGUCUCACUGUUUGUUUCCUGGAAAUUGUGCUGGAUCCCGUGGCGAGAACGCAGUGAGUCAUCCAACCACAAGGACAGUCAACAGGAUCAGCAGCACUACACAGACAACGAGAUAGAUGGGCAUGAGUACAGUGAGGACUUUAUGACCGAACCUGCCUCCUACCCAGAGUCAGCGAUGAAGAUCAGCCACACGUCCCCUGAUAUUCCUGUGGAUGUCCAGUCCAAGAACAAGGAGAAUUGUGCUCAUAACAUGCGGAUGCAUCGGCAAGUAACGGAGCCCACGUCAUCUUCCAGACACAAUUCCAUAAGAAGACAGUUAAAUCUUUCCAAUCCAGACUUUGACAUCCAACAGUACCAAAGGCAGGAAAAGCCAAUGGACAUUGGACGGAUUAAACCUGAGUUAUACAAACAGAGGUCAGUGGACACUGAUGAUGGACGGAGGAACAAUCGUACAUGUGGCAAACUUAACUUUGUGCUGAAGUACGACUGCGACUUGGAGCAGCUGAUUGUCAAAAUCCACAAGGCUGUCAACUUGCCUGCCAAGGACUUCUCGGGAACAUCCGAUCCUUACGUGAAGAUAUACUUGCUGCCAGACCGUAAAACCAAACACCAGACUAAAGUCCACCGCAAAACUCUCAACCCUGUCUUCGAUGAAGCCUUCCUCUUUUCUGUGCCCUACAACGAGCUGGCCAAUCGGAAGCUUCACUUCAGUGUCUACGACUUUGACAGGUUUUCCCGCCAUGACGUGAUUGGCCAAGUGGCUGUUGACAAUUUCCUCGACUUGUCUGAGUUUCCUCGAGAGACCAUGCUGUGGAGGGAUAUUCUACAUGUCACUUCGGAAAAUGUCGAUCUUGGAGACUUGAUGUUUUCACUGUGCUAUCUCCCCACUGCUGGCCGGCUUACUGUCACUGUCAUCAAGGCUCGUAAUCUUAAAGCCAUGGAUAUAACGGGAGCUUCAGAUCCAUACGUGAAGAUUUCUCUGAUGUGUGAUGGAAGGAGGUUGAAAAAGAGGAAAACAUCAACAAAGCGAAACACAUUAAACCCUGUGUACAAUGAAGCCAUAGUCUUUGAUGUUCCCCCUGAAAAUAUCGACCAAGUGAGCUUGUUAAUAGCCGUCAUGGAUUAUGAUCGUGUAGGUCACAACGAGGUCAUCGGUGUGUGUCAUGUGGGGAAUGAUGCGGAGAGACUGGGACGUGAUCAUUGGAAUGAGAUGCUCACCUACCCUCGCAAACCUAUAGCACAUUGGCAUCAAUUGGCAGAGUGGCAAAGACAAGCUUGUGUUGGCAGCCAAGGGUCCUACCACUCUCUAAAAGCACCACCAUCCCCUUGAGAAGAAGGAAAACUGCCACGCCUCCAACCCAACAUGCCGAGGAGCCUAACAGGAUCCCAAUCACAACCAUUCCUGAAGAUUUCGAAUCAGGAAAGACUUGAAAAACUGGGAGUUCUGUGACAAAUACCUAAUUUAAAAAUUGGUUUCUCUCUCUUUCUCUCUCUAUCUCUCUUGCUGUUUUAAUUUUCCAUGCAUGGAGACAUUGUAUUCAGUUGCAUGCUGGUUGGGCAUUCAUUUUAUUGAAUAUAUAUAUUAUUUUGUGUGACACCAGAUCACUCCCUGAGCAAUCUGUGAGCCUGUGGUUUUGACAAGUUCUAGGUUCACCAUGACCAGAAUGAGUUCUGACACCAGUAUUUAUUUUAAUUGGUCCUAAUAUGUGACUGUAUUAUUUGGUCUGUCUCUUAAUUAUAGCGACAUCAAACACAUGUCUGAUGAAAUGAAGCCAAAAUUAUUUUAAUACAGGAUAUGCAUGUUUUAUUUAUAGUAACAAGAGGUGCAAUUUCUACUCCUGAGACAAAUGUGGCAUCACGUUAUUGCAUUCAUCCAGGUUUUGGUGAUAUUCAUUUUUAGGGAGGUGGGGGAUUCUGUUUUCUUAAUAUUAACACAAAUGGCAAUUUAAAUGUACUGUGAUUUAUUCUUUAUAAACAUGCGAUAUGUAAAAAGAAAAUCAGUUCCUAAUAAAAGAGACAGU